AUGCCGAUCUCUUAUGCGAAUGCUGUUAACAAUACUCCGACUUCAGCGUCGAAUCCUCAAACGGCGGUGCCUUGUUCGGAGCCUAUGGCGUCUAUUCAAGAUCUGAACUCCAAUCCUCUCUACGUUCAUCAUGCCGAUCAUGCUGGUAUUGCUCUUGUCUCUGAGAAGCUAGCUGGUUUAGGCAAUUUCAACACUUGGCGUCGAUCUAUGCUUAUGGCAUUGGGAACUCAAAACAAGCUGUCUUUGUUGAUGGAACCUUUCCGGAAUUGCCUGAUGAUCAUCCGGACUUUGCAUCUUGUGGAGAAGUCUAUAGCGAAGAGUAUUAUGUACUUGGAUACAGCUCGACAAAGGUGGCUUGACAUCCAUGAUCAAUUCAAGCAAAGUGAUGGACCAAGGAAUGCUGAAUUUAAACAACAGAUCUUCGCUGAAGUUCAAGGCUCACAGAGUGUGAGUGACUACUACACAAAACUGAUGCAGUUGUGGGAAGAAUUGAAGAAUCAUGACAGUCCAUACACAUGUUGCUGCAAUCGUCCAGACUGUUCUAGUCUCAAACGAAUCCUACAACGUGAUGAGCAAGAUAAGAUUCUGAAGUUUCUCACCGGCUUGAAUGAUACUUUUACAUCGACAAAAGCGCAGAUUCUUAUGAUGGAGCCUCGUCCAAACAUUGCUAAAGUAUUCAACUUGGUGUCACAGGAAGAGAUGCAACGUUCCAUGAAGAGUACUAGUAAUGUUGCUUUCAGUGUUUCUCAGAACACAACUCCUGCUGACAAUGUUGUUGCUGCGUAUAACGCUGGUUAUCCAAAGAACAAGAGUCGUCCUAUAUGCUCUCACUGUGGAAUUGCUGGUCACACUAUUCAGCGUUGCUACAAACUUCAUGGCUAUCCUCAAGGCUAUAAGCAGUCGCAGAACUACAAUGCCAGGGCUCAGGGUCAGACUUCUAAACCGUCGAACAACCCUCCCCGCCGGGAGAAUGUAGCUAACAUGGUAGUUCAAGAUACGGGUGAUAUCUCCUUACACAAUCAACAGGGUGUUUGCUUGGGGACAGUCGCAUCUGAACAAUUUCAUCAGCUUCUAAGUGUCUUGAGCAACCCUAUCACUGAUAAGCUCUCUCAGAUUUCUGGCAGUACGAUUUGUCUCGCAGACGGAACAACUUCUUCACCUAAACCGCAACCUCACCUCUUACCCCACACAUCCUCUUCCCCACCAUCAGGUACACCUAUUCCUUCUCAUUUAAUUUCUGCGGGAAUGAAGAAUGACCUUACUUAUACGCAUGCUGCUUGGAUUAUUUAUACGGGUGCUAGUUGUCAUGUUUGUGCUGAUUUGACCUUGUUUCAUAGUACACAAACCAUUAGUGAUACUGUUGUGACUCUUCCUGAUGGUAGUAGGAUCCCUGUCACGGAGCAUAUUCAGGACUUCAUGAUUGGGAGGGGUAACCUCCAAAGCAAUCUGUAUGUCCUGGACACUCAUUGUUCUUCUUCUCAGUUUGAAGCACUUUCAGUUCCAACUCAUGAAGGAUACAAAUAUUUCUUUACAAUUGUUGAUGAUUGUACUAGAGUGACUUGGGUUUACUUGCUUAAGAAUAAAAGUUCUGUUUCAACAGUUUUUCCUGAGUUUUUACGUCUUAUUCAUACUCAAUAUAACUCUAACAUCAAAGCCAUUAGAUCAGAUAAUGCACCCGAAUUAGCUUUCACAGAUCUUCUACAAGAAAAAGGGAUUGAACACUACUUCUCUUGUCCUUACACUCCUCAACAAAACUCAGUUGUAGAAAGGAAACAUCAACAUAUCUUAAAUGUUGCUAGAGCUUUACUUUUUCAAUCUAAAGUUCCUUUGAUCUAUUGGGGAGAAUGCAUUCAAACAGCUAUUUACUUAAUAAAUCGAACUCCUUCUCCUUUGUUACAGAAUAAAUCUCCUUUUGAGCUUUUAACGAGUAAAAUUCCUUCCUAUGAUCAUCUACGCGUGUUUGGUUGCUUGUGCUACACAUCUACUCUACAGAAAGAUCGUAAUAAGUUUACUCCUCGCGCUAAUCCAGGUGUUUUUCUUGGUUAUCCACAUGGGUACAAAGGUUAUAGAGUUCUUGAUACAACGACUAACAAAAUCAUCAUUUCUAGAAAUGUAGUAUUUCAUGAAUCAUAUUUUCCAUUCGCAAAAGACUCUAAUAAUCUAGAUGCUGAGAACUAUUUCUUUGAUCAAGAUGUGUUACCUAUGCAUGUUCCAGAUUCAUCUUUUCCUGCCUUCUUUGAUUUAGGAUCUGAGGUUCCCUCUUCAAUUUUUGUUGAUCAAAAUACAAUGUUUCCUUCUCCAACUACGCCUCCUUUGAACAAUGAUCCGUUAUCUUCGGUUCCUCUUCCUGAUCAUGUUCCUAAUUCAUCUCCUCUACAACCUUCUGUCUCUCAUGAAUCUCCUAACUCUUGA